UUUCCAUGGCAGCAUUAUCAAAAUAUAACAAGGAGAACUCUUCAAAAGAGGCUCAGAACAUAUUCCAAUUGUAUGAAGACCCUCUGACUCAGAAGCUCUAUAGAGUUAAGUCAGAGCCCAAGAUGAGUGAAAUGGAUCCUGACACUGGCACAAUUCUGGAGCGUGACAAUCGAAACAAGCAAGGCAUCAAGCCAAAUAAAUCAUAUUUCCCAGAUUUAACAGGCAAAGCUGACUACAAAACCAGGCUUGCCAAGGCAGAUAUUUUUAAAUAAGGUGCUUCCAAAAUACCCUAAAAGUAUCCUUAACCAGGGAAGAAAAUCUAAUAUUUACACACCAAGAACAGACAAGCUUGAUGGGUAUGCCCAGUUUCCAAACCCCAUCGACAACAACGAGCCUCUAGUGAAGCAAAAGGUACUAAAAUCCGCCCAAAAGGUGCUUAAAUAACUCAAAAUCAAAAACUCAAGAACCAGACCCCAAAGCUCUUUCCAAGAAUCCCCAAAAGUUCAUCGAUAGUUAUGAAUUUUACGAGAAAAUUAAAGAAAAUAAGAGGAAAGAUGUCACUCAAAUUCAGAGUAUUACAAUUGAUCGGAAGCCCAAACCAGCGAAGAACUAUACUUCCUAUCUCUCUGGCAAAAGAGUUAGCGACCAACAACGACAAGUUUUGGAAAAGGAGAAAAUUCUUGAACGUCUCAAGAAUGAAAUUAGCUCCUCCAGACCUUUCCAGAACUAUGUCCUUCAGAAACACCAUUCUGGUGAUCUGGAAAGAAGCAGGUCUGGAGAGACCCAAGAUUUUCGGUCCUCGACUAAAAGCUUAGCUACUAGUGGGUUCGAGAGAGGCAAAAAGGACCGAAAGUCAAUGGUAGCAGGUCUCAUCUCAGAACUACCUGCUCUGAACAAAAAGAUUUUCAAAUCUCUCUCUGUCGAAGAGCAGAAAACUUAUCGCUACGCAAAGCAGCUUGAAGAAUAUUCCCCAGGUUGCCUUGUCUCAGGCCAGAUUAUUAAUAGACAGCAGGACAUUGAACUCAUUGGCCAAAAGAGAAAGAAGAAAAUUCAGAUUCAGAAGAGCAACAUUAAAAUCCAGAAAAAUAAGAGAUCUCUUCGAAAGGGUAUCUCGACUGUCCAGAACAGUAACUACCCUGGAAAUUUCCAGAGCAACAAUUUUGAUCUAGAGACUUACAGCCAGAGGAAAUACCAUGAUAAGAAUGUCAUUAAAUCUAGAAAUUACACAACUAAGAACUUCAUCACUACAAGUGUUGACCAACUCACUGGACUUAGUGGCCAGAUAUAUGACAGUGAUUCCUCAGCAGUAGAAUACAAGAAUACUCGUCAGACCAAAACUUUCCAAAACUCCCAGCUAAUGAGCCAUGAAAAUUUGUCAAAAAAGUUAAUUCAGGAAGAAAUUGAUCUAAACCACUCAUUAGAUGCUCAUUCUCCAAAAAUAGAGCCAGCUGAGAGACCCAGAGUCGAAGGAAGAUUUGAAACCUUGCCGAUUCCAAGAGAAAGUGAUUUAAAAAAUCGAGAAAUGAAUCAGCUAAUUAACCUAAAUCCCUCUGCUCUUAAAAGCUAUACUAUAGCAAUGGCCAAGGAUAAGAGACGGCUUGCUUCAAAAAAGAAGCAGGAUAUCCUCAAGAGCAAGCUGAUUCUGCAGAAAUCAGCAGUUGCUGAAAAGAGAUACACAUCUAAAAUUAAAAGACAUUGGCAAUAAUUUACUUCAAUUAGGGUCGUUAGAA